UAAGUCGACCCAGCUCCAAUCAGACCGAUUCUCCCGCUCGAAUUUAAUUUAACCAGAAAAUUAGUAAAUACAUUUCAAAUGUUCGUGCCAGAAACGGAGGAUAUGCUGCCCAGAAUGGCGCCCAGACCAAGUGCAGCAGUGCCUAUGGGCCACACCAACGAAAUCAUACGGCCCACUGUGCCGGAGGUGUCAAUUUUGUUUGGUCAGGCGCCGCAGGAUCAGCAGAUGCAGAUGCAGCAUCAGCAGCAGCAGCAACCUCAACUACAGGAGCCUUCUCCUCGGGCGGCACCCACUUUUGCCUCCUGGAAGAAGCAGAUGCUGCCCCGGGUCAACUUCUCGCCCAUCCUGGCCACGGAACUGGGACCACGAACUGCUCCAAGCAACAGUAAUCCCUGCUCCCCCAAGGAGUACAUAAUGACGCCAAGGGAUCGCAACUACACAAAGGAUGCGUCACUGAGUGACAAUCACCUGGGCAGCAGCAAUUGCGGAGGGUACAAUGCCGAGCCCAAGCAGCAGAUUUAUCAGUCGCGGCGUUUGUCCAGUUCAUCCAACGCCGAUGUUCUAACAAUUUGUGCUGGCACACAAACCGAUUCCUUCAACCCAACGCCCCCACGAAAUUCACUGCCCUCGGUGGUUUACUCCGACAUCGAUGUCAGCAGCCUGGCCAACAAGAGUGACCUGGCGGAACUGGUUUCCCUUAUGGAGUCCAUGCGCCAGGAGCAGCAGCAGCUUAAGAAUCUGUGCAUGAUGCUCUUGGAGCAACACCAGCGGGCGAAACCCGAAGCCAACUCGAAACCCUGUAGGACAACAGCCAGCCAGUGUGAUAUUUUGACUACCAGUAAUGGCAGGCGAAUAUCUCCGAUUAUACAGGAUUACAUAGCAGAGGAGGAGGAGGAGCCAGUGCCUUCGCCGCAAGCUCGAGUGAUUCCCCAGUUUCAAUCUCCACGACCCACUGCGCCCAUAGCUCAAUCUACAGGCUAUCGGGCCAAUACGCCGCAGGGCAAACGAAUUCCCCAGUUGGCCAAGCCAAACACCGAGAAGAGCAUGGUGAUGAACGAACUGGCCCUAAAGUACUUGCGCCAGCCCGUCGACGAGCUCAUGAAGGAGAUGCGCCUGGGCGCGUCGCCAAAGUCCGCUAAUCCUGAACCCCUGCGUCCGAUUGACAAUCUCGCCCACUCGCAGAGUCCCAACGACAUUUCAAAUGCUUCGUACAAGUAUCUCAAGAAGUACCGCCUGCUGCCCGAGGAGCAACUGGAGCAGGUGUGCCCUCAGUCUCCAACCGUGGGGGAUGCCUCCUCACCGCGAAUGCAACUCGACUUGGAGAACAUCAGGAACCAGCCGAAGCUGUUGUGAAAGCAAA